AAUCAGUCCGUCUCUUGCUGCUGAGAUUCACACUGAAUAGAAAGACAAUGAAAAAUUCCACAAAGUCAUCAGAUUACGUGUGGGAUUAUGAGUACUACUACGAUUACAUAGAUCCAGUCUUCGUGAAUGCCAGUACACUGAAGUACAACAGAUAUUCAAUCGUCAUAAUAUUCUGGAUCAUUCUAGCAGCAUUCAUUGGGUUUUUCUUCUUGAUUUUGUCACUUGUAUCUCACUCCAGGAAACUUCAGAGGGGUCCUCAUGUCAAAAAAUCUGGAUUGCCAUUGAUGAAAAGCUACGGAUCUCCUCACAAAAGAUACAAAUUAAGAAGCAACUUCAAGACGAAACUAAACCCAUGAUGAUUUAUUUAAGAUUUAUUUAUUUAAGAGACUGCU